AUGUCGGCCAAGUUGAGGAGGCAAGUUGCUCUGCGUCCUCAACAUGAUUCUACCACUAGUACCGAAGGCUUGUCCCCUGUCGGAGGCCAGCCGCACAGUGAUGUUGCGCAGAAACCGGCAGCGAAGACGGCUGUGAGCAACUACAAAGGAUUCGUGGCCGGAGUCUUCUCCGGUAUUGCCAAACUCUCGGUCGGCCACCCAUUCGAUACGAUCAAGGUUCGACUGCAGACCGCCGACAAGACAAGAUUCGCAGGGCCUGUAGACUGCUUGCUGCAGACACUGAGAAAAGAAGGGGCUGCAGGACUUUACAAAGGAGCAACACCGCCGCUGUUAGGAUGGAUGGUCAUGGAUUCGGUCAUGCUGGGAAGCUUGACGUUCUACCGACGGCUACUACAUGACAAUAUUUUCUCCAACCCGGGGUUUCGACCGGGAAAAACCACAGCGGAACUGGCGGGACAGAGCCUGCCUGCGUUCGGUCAUGGCAUAGCCGGGAUCAUGGCAGGAUCUACGGUGUCCUUCAUCGCGGCGCCGGUCGAACAUGUCAAGGCAAGAUUACAAAUCCAGUAUGCCGCCCACAAGAAGGAUAGGCUAUAUAGCGGCCCUGUCAACUGCACAAAGAAGAUCUUGAAGACACACGGGGUCCGCGGCUUGUACCACGGUCUCUGCGCGACACUGAUCUUUCGGUCGUUCUUCUUCUUCUGGUGGUCCAGUUACGAUGUCAUCACCAAGAUGUUCCAGAAACACACUUCUCUGUCUGCUCCUUCAGUCAACUUCUGGGCUGGAGGCCUGUCGGCCCAAAUCUUUUGGCUGACGUCUUACCCAUCCGACGUCGUCAAGCAGAGGAUCAUGACGGAUCCGCUGGGUGGCGCUCUGAAUGAUGGUACGCCUCGUUUCCGGCACUGGAGAGAAGCUGCUGCUACUGUGUUCAGAGAGGCUGGGUGGAGAGGAUACUGGAGAGGCUUCUUGCCCUGUUUCUUGCGGGCGUUUCCGGCGAACGCAAUGGCGUUGGUGGCUUUUGAAGGCGUGAUGAGAGCCUUGCCUGACUAA